AUGCGCUCCCUCUUCCGCCCCUUCCCAGGGCCACUCACAUCCCGCCAAUGGUUCUAUCUCUCCUUCCUGCAAGGUGUCGGCGCAGGCAUUAUUGACGGUGGGGCCAAUUUCGGUAUCGCAUAUGCUAUGUACCACGGCCAAGAUGAGAUCAAGAUGUGGGUGCUCGCCAAAAACACUAUUGCAGGCGAUUUGGGCGUGACACCAAUCAUUCAAUGCCUAGCAUCAAUGUUGAUCACCUCAACACUGGUGCAUACGGACCUGCACCACCAUGCCGUUGCGCCACUGCCUUAUGUCUGGCCUCACGUGGAGCAUCUCCCAGACCCGCGAAGGCUGAUCGACAAAAUGUUCAACAAGUCCAGCAGAGAUGGAGUGGAGAAGGAGGAUACCGAAAAUCGAGAGACGCCCAGCCCUGAUUCAGAAGAAGAAGAGGGCAGAAAGGGCUGGGCAUACUACCCAAAGAUGCUCACGCGAUUCAUCUUUGAAGGCACCGAGGCGAAUAUCCUCCUCUCCCCCUUCUCCUGGAAGCUAUUCUUUAUCAAAGCCUUUCUCACAGCUGCCCAGGGUGCUGCCUUGGGUAUCGUACUAGGCUUCCCCGUAUGGUGCCUCUUUAUCAUUGUCCUUGGUCCUCUGUACGGGACGGACAAUAUGGCUGCCCCUCAUCAUUGGAAGUGGGCACCGAUGGUCAUCAAAAGUGUCUAUGGCGCUGUGAUAGGGUGGAUCACCAAUCCUGUCAUUGCGGCGUUGGCCCUCGGCUCUCAAGCCGAGCGACAUUUGCUCGUGGUCCAACACGACCAAGAAGCGUCCAUAGGAGGCGACGGUAUCGAAACUAUCAUUGAAGAAGACGCCGACCUCGAACCGCCCCAAUUCCCUCCCUCUUCCCCAAGCUCCAACCACCUCGCUCCUCCCACCCCCACCAGCCGAUCAUACACCGGCCGUCCCCGUGCGACCUCUGGCGCAUCCUCCAUGUACAGCUCUCGCUCCCGCCCCCCCUUCAUCGCCGACUGCUCCGACUUUCCCAUCUUGCCUGCGCCGCACUAUGCAGACGGCGAUAUGCUCGCCGCACCCAGGUCUGCACCGCUGCUACAAUCGAGCAGGAUGAGGAGUCUGAGUCAAGUCACGAUGCAGAUCGGCACUCCGCCCCGCACGGCUAUACCCACGCUUCCAGCCAGUGGACCGCGCGAAACGCUACUCGCACCGCCUUCGCCUUCUGCAGGACAAACACCGAGUCAGCUCUUGUUCACUCCUACGCAAGGCAGGCGGCGAGGUCUUACAACAUCGACCGCGCAUACGGCUGCUUCGGGUGCUGGUGCGGGAACCGUCCCAGGUAGUCCCGCGAGCGGUACAUGGUCUUACGCUCUUGGCGGUACGGGCGGUCGAGCUCAGCGGAGCAAAGUGCGUCCCAGAGCUGUCAGCUCGCUCAGUGGGAAAGAUAGGGAGAGGGUGGGCGGGGCACUGUGGAGUGGGAGUAGGGUGGCGGGUGUGCACUUGACGCCGUCGAUGGAUAUGGCUAGCGUCAGGGAUCAGAUGGGGGAGCAGAGGGAGUCGGGAGUGGUAGCAAGCAACGAGGGAGGAAGCAAGACGCCCGUGUGGGACGUCUUUGGAGUUGUCCAAGGUGCAGAGGCCGAGCAAAAGGAGGACAGCCCCGAUAGCAGCAAGUAG